AUGCACCCAUACUCGCGCCCCUCGCCGCGGACAGCCUCGCCUGCCAGCAACCUCCAGACCAACCCCACACGAACCAACAACCAGCGGCAUAACAGCCAGGACAUGACGGCAUACUCUACCACGCCGCCCUACAGCGACCGCGGUGCUGAAGAGUCGGAGGGCGAGAUGAUGUCGAGGGGAGAGCCCGCCUCCGAGUCGAGGGGGCAAUACCACAAGGUCAACCAAGUCAUCCAGAACUUCUUCACCAAAUCAGCCCUCGCCAUCGUAUCUUCUCGCGUAACACUGCCCCCAGCAUACAACAAGGAUGGCAAGAUGAAGCACAACAAAUGGUUCAAUGUCGUCCUCCCCGAUAGCGAUGUGCUCCAGCGCCAACUCGCUGAAUGGAAGCUCAUGGAUGCCGUGAACGGCCAGCAUCCCUCACUAUGCAUCGACAUCUACCUGGACAUACAAGGCCUCGGCCACAACCAGUCGCUCGUCAUACACGAUGAUGAUGGAAAGAAGUGGGACGUCGCUGCGGCUCUCAGCUCUGCAGAUGUGACUUCCCGAUCGUCAGGCCGCACUGGCAAAUCCACACAGGUUGUGCUCGAGCGUUGGAGGGUACACGUCGGAGAUAAGAGCUUGGUGCAGCCUUCAGAGCUGAGCGAACCGCUUCCCAACGUGUACAAGAAGGCCGUCGUCACUUUCCGAUCACUGUUCGCUUAUCUGCGCUUCAUGCCUGCGUUCAGAUACAACAAGGUGCUCGCCAAGCAACCCGCAAACUCACCCUCACUGAAGCUCAACUACCGCGUUUCGAAUGGGGAUUUCAAGAGCCCCAAUGUCGAUACCCUGAAUCUGCCGCUCUACCCAACCGACUCAAACGAAAGGAUUACAGACAUAAACGACAUCGAGCCCACCAACUCGCCUGUAGGCCCUCUGAGUGUGACAGUCGAGUACCGCACCAACUGCGAGUUCAGCGUAGAAGACUCAGAGUCUCUUCUGAGUUCGCAGUUCCAGGGCCUGGACGACACUUAUUUCGAGCAAAAGACACGCCAACUACCUGGAUCGCUUCCUGUAAACAAGAUGAAUGCGCAAGAGAGCCCCGAUGUUGGACAAGCAUACGGCAGCCUUUCAACGUUCCACCAAGUUGGUCCGCCAACAGGAACAAGCCCCAUCUCAGCUCUUCGCGCAGCACGGGAUAUGCCGUCAUCAUCACCCAUGGAGUCACCACCACAGAAGCUGCCACCCAACCAUCGCACCGCCCAAGGCUCCAAGUCAUCUCUACGCUCCGUGGAUACGCCGUCAUACCAGCGACGAACCUCGGUCUCUUUCCAGCCCUUCAAGGCCGGCUCCCUCUCAUCCUCGCCAGCCCUCGGUGUGCCUCCAUCUCCCACAAGCUCAGUAGGAAGACCCGGCAGCUCCCUUGGUCGGACCGCUACCCCCAACCCACUCACACAACCGCGUAACCGAACGUCACUGACUGCCCUCCCUCAAACGGCGCUUCGGACACCUUCAUUACCCAACGACAAUGUCAUCACUUCUUCUGCAUCAAGCUCGCCAAAGCCUGCGCCCAUCAGUCGCUACAGCAGUAGCUUCGGUCAUAGGAGGAGCAAGUUUUCCACAGGGGGCGGCAGCAAAACAGAAGAUGACAACCUCAGUAGUGGGAAGGGAAGCCUCUCCUCGUCAGCGCAACGCGGGUCUGACACCAUGAAUGAGGGCACAGGCGGCAGUUCAGGUGAAGUGAAGACGGACGAUGAGAAUAUUUCCGACUUCCUCAAGCUUCUUGAGUCGAAGAAGGAUCUCAAAAGCUUCACACGGAGCGACCAAUCAGCCAAGGCAGCCACUAUGCACAAGACCACAGCUCAGCUGUCCAAGUAUCAGCGGAUGCCGUCCUCACCUGGCAAGCCGAUCUCACCCCAUACUCCGCACACACCAGCCAUCCCUUCACGUCUCAGCGCGAAUAGCAUCGCGGAAUACGACCAACCUACACGCAGUCGAAGCCGCCCUGGUCGAAGGACACGGGAGCACGAUGUAGUCAACGUCGAAGAGCAAAGCGAGAGCGAGGAUCAAAACAUGAACGCCAUUGCCAUUCCAACUUCACCACGGCCGUGGCACUACGCUCGCCGAUCAAGUUCCGUUUCCCAGCAAAACCGCACACUGCCUGACGACGAGCCCGACGUGUUCGGCGUCCGAUCGGCCAGUCUACCAUCGGAGGAGGUUGAUCGCGCUAACGAUCUGCAUCGUCUGACCAGCGCCGGUCUUACGUCUAGUGGACUAUUCGCGCAAACGGAGCUACUAGCUAGCGGCAAUCGCGAUAGCCAGACUGCUGAUAACGAUUCUCGCGACGACUUGCCCCGGCCGUCGUCUACUUCCAACAUGGCCAAACGCGGCACCCAGGCUGGUGCACGUGGUCGUGGCGGAUUCUUCUCGCACAGUUCCUCUACCAGCCUCAGCACUGGCGGUACGAGCUCGACUGAGCGUCAGAGUCGCUACAACUUUAACAGCCGCGCUGCGACAAAUGUCGACGACGACGAACCUCUGCUCUUCCAGAUGAGCGAGAUUGGUGCCGGCGGCUCCCGACGCAGUCUCGAGGAAGCACGAGGUGGCACCAGCACAGGCAGUGGCGGAAAGCGUGGAUCGUACUUCCGCUGA